AUGCGGAGGCGAGAGCAAAAGAGGACACGGGGGCAAGUUCCAGCCAGCGCUCACCGGGUGUUCAGUGAAGCCCUGUGGCCGCCACAUAACUCCGGCCUCAGCCCAGCCCAGGGGAGGGAGGGGGAAGGCAAGGGAAGGACUACGACUGAGGAAAGUGGAAAGGAGGAGGACAGAAAUAAGAGACGUAAAGGAGGCUGUGGACAUGCGCAGGAGAAUGAAGCUUGUGGUGAACAGCGCACUCUGGGCAAACCAAGAACGGGACAAUCUAAGGACCUUUCGUUCAUCCCUCCCAGCCUCCCAGCCUCGCCCUCCACCUCGCGACCUUCUCCGGGAUCACCAAGACCAAGCCGCGAUUCACUUAAGGGAUUAGCAAGUGGUCGCUCUCCACCCUCGCUGCUCCGUCUCCUGCACGCCUUAGGACCUCCGCGACUUGGUAUCAAGACCCCUCACCAUCAUACAGCAACGCCUCCUCAUGACCCGGGACGCGCGGCAAGGCGACAGCUACCACAGGAUGCCCAAGUGAAGCCCAAGCCGCCCAGGAGCCCCCCAACACUCAUCCAGCCCCUCUCCCCAGCCCCAACACUCACAGCCCCUCUCCUCAGCUCGCAAGACCCACCCAGCCCCUCUCCCCAGUCCCUCUCCCCAGCUCGCCCAACACUCACUCAGCCCCUCUCCCCAGUCCUAACACUCACAGACCUCUCCCCAGCUCUCAAGAUUCACUCAGCCCCUCUCCCCAGUCCUAACACUCACAGCCCCUCUCCCCAGCUCGCCCAACACUCACCCAGCCCAUUUCCCCAGUCCCAACACUUACACUCCCUCUCCCCAGCUCCCAAGACUCACCCAGCCCCUCUCCCCAGCCCCCAACACACUGGUCUCCUCCUCGCUUCAGUAGACCACCGGUCCCUUCAACAGACCAGCGGCCUCCCCUCAGCGCAGACCACCCCGCCUCCCCACACUCGCCUCGUCCUCACCUCAGUCCUCUAA